AUGAUAUUGGAAGUGGACAAUUGGCACUUGGGCUAUAGCCAAAUCUUGGUGGAUUGUCGUCAGAGUGGUGGGAAAUGUUUGAUCUUGUGUCAUGCCGAUGUGGAUGCCUUGGCGGCGGCUCGCAUUUGGACGUACAUGCUGCGGGCCGAUCAACUGGAAUACACGUUGUUGCCGUGUGCCACUUGGAAUGCGCUGCUAUCGAAUAUCAAUAGUGCUAGUACUAGCGCCAGUAUGUAUGCGGCCAUUGUCUUGAUCAAUGUGGGUGUGACGCGGAAUUUGACCAAAUUAUUUGGACAACAGUCGUUGCAGUUGGGAUCGACCAAAGUCUACGUGUUGGAUGGCCGACGUCCCGUGCAUUUGGCCAAUGUCUAUGCUGAAGAUCACGUUGUGGUCUUUUGGGAUCCCAGUCAUGGAUCUGUCGACGACAUGCCCAGUGAUGGAGACAAUCUCAGUGGAAAAGAUGAUGAUGAUGAUGAGAGGAGACAUGAGAGUGAAAGUAGUAGUGACGAUAGUAGAGUGACGAGGAAUUAG